GGGGCCCGCUCAUGAGGCCUCCGCCGAGCUGGAGGAGGAAGACCCGCGGCCUCUCCCUCGGACUCUUCGCCCUCUGCCUGGCCGCCGCCCGCUGUCUGCAGAGUCAGGGAGUGUCCCUGUACAUUCCCCAGUCCACCAUCAAUGCCACUGUGGAACAAGACAUCUUGCUUUCGGUUGAAUAUUCCUGUCACGGAGUGCCCACCAUUGAAUGGACAUAUACGUCCAACUGGGAUGCACAGAAGAUCGUGGUGUGGCAGCCAGGGACUCAGGCCAACAUCUCCCAAAGCCACCAGGGCAGAGUCUGCACCUUCGACAAUGGCUCCCUCCAGCUCUUCAGCGUGGGUGUGAGGGAUUCCGGGUACUAUGUCAUCACUGUGACUGAGCGCCUAGGGAGCAGCCAGUUUGGCACCAUUGUGCUGCACGUCUCUGAGAUCCUCUAUGAAGACCUGCACUUUGUGGCUGUCUUCCUUGCUUUUCUUGCUGCUGUGGCCGCGGUAUUAAUCAGCCUCAUGUGGAUUUGUAAUAAGUGUGCGUAUAAAUUCCAGAGGAAGAGAAGACACAAACUCAAAGAAAGCACAACUGAGGAGAUUGAACUACAAGAUGUUGAGUGUUAGCCAAGACUGGGCCUAACUGCAUCCCUACCUCAAGAGGAAACCAUUCUCCAAUGGUUUGGCCAUGAGAGCCAUAGCCUGCUGGCCUCCCGUGGUCUUGCCGCAGCUGCUAGCUGCUGAUGGGACAGCUGACCGCAUGGAGUUGAAGACUGUGGCUGGGACAAUCAUUUCUAGAACUCACACUAAGCGCAAGGAGAAGAGUGACUGAGGCUUUGAACAGGAUCUUUGCCUGG